UGUUCUUCCUUGGAGACUGCAUAACCAAUAUCGUGCUUCGCGAUAUUGCCGGGGCUGAACCUGGGUGGAUACCACCGUCUUUUCAAUACACGUGAUUGUUGUCUGUCAGAAAGGUACCGGUUGUUGCUUCAUUGCGAAGGAAAGGAGACAUACGUGACCAAGCGCUUUGCUGUGAUACCGAUGGAUAUAUAGGAAGGAACCGGCCAUUGCUGCUUUGAUCGUGAAGGAAAAAGAUCAAGGAUCGGAGGAGAUAUCGGGGUGCGGACUGCGCGGAAAGCAACGUCUAGUUUGGCCUGCUUGCCAGUCGUCUAUUGUAGCAUUCAGAGAUUGCAGGAGAGUCGUUUAUUGGUGUGCGAAGAUAAAUGGCUCCAGUUUGAUUUGGAAGGAAGGAAAAAUACGGGUGGAGACUAUACAUGGGGACAGGAACGUGGUUUGGAUUGAUUGCCAAUCGUCUUUACACGGCAUAAUUAUAGUUUACCAUUCUUGGUAUGGGGAGAGCCGGGUUGGUGUAGCUCCACUGAGGAUAUAUAUACAGUGAAUCAGGUUUACACCACAACAAUGAUUACAAGGUUAAACUGCACGCCUGGAACAAGCUAAUGCAACCCGUGUUUAACUCGUGCUGCCAGUUGUCGGACUAGAUUCAUGUGAUGAUCAAAGCUAACAUUCAAUAACGUCAUCAUUUGCAAACAGGUUACUGCAGCCGAUAUAGCAACGUAAGAGGGAUGGUGUUUGUAAGAAUACGAAGUUGCUAAUGAAGAGAUGUGCGGAAUUAAGGAAGGACAAUUUUAAAUCCGUGGGUGGUAAGACCUAUAUUUGUGAAGAAGACAAUGAACUUUAGAUAGGAAAUGUAGAGAAAUCGACUGUUAGGGGCUAGUGACAGAUCUGCAAUUAGAAUAUGAUUACCAUUGUGCAAUUUUCAUUAUUGAUGGCACGAUCACCCUUCUGCUAAUGGUGCUACGUGUUGUCGGUGCAGUUUCCCGUAAAUCUACGAAGUGCGCUUCACUGUGACCAAAGCGCGGUGGCGUUCUUUAUUGAUGCUACCUUCCGCCCCCGCCAAGCCUAAUGGGCUAAUGGUGUAAAAGACCACGCCCCACUGUCCGAGUGUCUUUCCUUGUAGAAAAAGUGCGGCAAUUCUGAUAGUCAUGGUGCUAAGAGUUUGAUAUCAAUCAGCAAGAUAAAGGGAACAAAACAGGUUCAUUGCCAUAUUAUCACCAACGGAUUAUUUUUGGGAAACGAAUCUUCUAGAUAUUAUACUGUGUUUAUCCGAUGCAGAGCUACUGAGUGAAGCUUAUUUCAGAUACUAGAAUCUUCCAAGUCGAUGAUCGGCUGUUGUCCCGGCGAUGGUCAAGGACAAAGAGGCCUUUACGCACAUCUUGUCGCGGAUUGAAACGUAUCAGCAACAUCCUAGGUGUAACUAGACCUUCCCUCAGUUGGAUAUCGCCCCAACAGUUGAAAUUGAUUAGGAUAUGGACAAAGCAAUGUACAAUUGGAUAUUGAUUUCACCAAAUUUUUCGAGCAAUUAGUGAUUUAGUGAACUUCUCGAUCCAACUGCUAUCAAUUAGAACUGCGUCGUGAAAUUUACUACAUUCAUGUGAUUCGCCGCCAUCAUGCGACAGUGUCCCAUGGUGCAAUUAGCUGAUGCAGACGAUUACAUUGUGAUUAGCAGAUGGAUAACACCCCAUAAAAACACGUUCAACCAUCCCGCAUAUCGGAAAGCAUGUAUUCGAGGAUUCAUGCUCUCUUGUCAUUCAUUGCCUGGAUUGGUUUAAAAGACGUGUGUCAUUGGCGACUCUAUCAUAGUCUCGAGCGGUAACCAUGGAGAAACACCAUUUGGAAGCGAAUCAUGAGCAUGCUCCGGGCAUCCUUCGAAAGAGCAGUUUUGACAACCCAGGCAGCGGAGGUGCGAGAAGGAAGGAGUAUGGCCCACCGAUGCGGGGGGACUCGCGGGGAAGUAAGGAUGAGACUGCUGUCAGUUCAGAGGCGGACGGUUGUACCAGUGAUACCGGUGAAAGCCCGAAAAGAAGGGUCAGGGUCAGAGUAGAUUUUGACACAGAAAAAAACAAAUCAAAACGACAUUAUAACUUGAAAAAGUUGGCUGAAUUAAAUCGAGCCCAAAAGAAGCUGAAGAAUAGAGAUAUGAAAACGGUGAAAAGCUGUGAGGAUUUUCGCUCUCGGACCGAGAAACAUUCUAGUCCGAAUAAGAGUUGUGAAAACCUUAAGGGUGGAUAUAACAUGCGCAGUCACCGCCCAGGGCGGGAUGUGACGAACGAAGUGAAUGCGUACCCAAACAAAAGUUGUGAGAAUAUCAAUUUACUCCUGCCAGACGAUAGCCCGUUAAAACGACAAAGCUAUCAUAAAAGUUUCGAAGAUCUGCUGACAGGAAAGGGGUUAGAGGGGAAGGGUGAAAAGCACCAUCAUAAACGUGACCGUCACCACCAUCAGCAUCAUGGCGUUGAUAAAUCCUGUGUUGCGAGUCCUGCCCGAUCCCUGCCCGACCGCUUCCAUCAAGCGUCUACAGAAAUAAACGCCACGACAACUGCUGAUAAAAACGGUAAAGGGAAAGAAAAGAAGAAAGAACCAAAAUAUGUCAUAAAGCACACUGUAAAAAUAGAAAAAUGGAACGUGGGUGUAGAAGGUGAAUGUAAUGCUGAAGCUAUGCAAAAGAAAUUUCGCAUGCAGGCGUAUAGCUGUGGUACUCAUAUCGUUGUGCCUGAACGGGGACUUCCUGUUCAGAACACCGAGGAGGUUCGGCGGAUUGGCCUUGUUGAUGGCACUGUUGUGGCCGAACUCUACGGCAAGAGGAUUAGGCUUCAUCCGGGUGAUAUCAUUGAGUUUCCUGCGGGACAGAAGAACAGUGUGAUGGCAGAGGGCGAGGAGUCCGCUACCGUGAUAUUGGGGACAAAACAAGGAUGUCUGAUAUCGUAAUCAGUGGGGACGAAGCAUGGGCUAUAAUGUCUUGUGUGUGUAAGUGUUAUCUGUUGGGUACAAUCCCCUAAAGCCCUUUUUCUUUUCUGAUGUGGAGAUAAAAGACACAAUAUAUAUAUUAAGACAAUAUAUUCACAUCAGAGCAGCCAAGGGUGUUGCCGCCAACCCAAAACAUGAUAGUGAGUGUAAAAUAUAGCCCGUUUAAAUCGAUGAAACGGCACUAAUUCUCAUUGCUUGAAUCAAUCAAAUGCAGCAUAUAGAAUGAUGUCAUUACUAGUGCUUCCGGGGGCUUGUAUCAUUUAAGUUUUAUGCCAGUUGGUACUUAGUUGCAUGUAUGUGUAAAGAUUGACCCGCCUCGUCGAGUUAAGGUGGAUCUAAAUGGACUAAUAAUGGCAAAGUGUGAUUUUUUUUCUAGCCGCCGAGAUCGGUAUUUUCUACACGUGAUGUGCAUGGAUGUUUGGACGUGCAAAGUUGUUGCAACGACUUUUUUCUUUUUGGACUGGUAUUUAUUGCCUUUUUGUACGAUCGCCGUGUGAUAACUCUAAAACCUGUGACGUCGCUAACUCAAAACUUUUACUCUAACGCAGUAAGUGAGAGCUCUAGAGCCCGGAAGUGAUGAUGACAAUAAGAUAUUAGAGAAAAUAGACAAGGAUUCAACCAGGAUUAGAUUUGUUACUAUGAAACUCAAUGGAAGUUUUACUUUCUUUAGCAAAGCAAUUUUUGAUCUGAUUAUGCUUGACAAAUCGUAGUACGCUAAAUGCCCAUGUAUGAAAGAAAACCGGCAAUGGCCUUGACCCCGAUUCAGUCUAAAUGAACCUGAGGGUCGGAUGCUGCUGUAUUUUCUACUUCAUUUGCUGCUUGAAACAUAUUUUAUGCAAAUACAGUAGUCCUUAAUUACUGUUUUUUAUAAUGACAGGGUUGUCUGUCGAACGCUUAAAGUGAUCUUAUCCCUGCGUUUUGGUUGUGAGUUUGUCCUUAUUAGACCAAUUCUGAGUAAUGGAUGAGGCAUGAGGCAUGGGAGAGUCGUUAGGAGCGAACCUGGUGUAAGCGUAGGCCCAACGCCAAUUCUUAUAGUGAAAAGCUUUUUUUGUUCGCCUGGUUUCUGAUAUCAUGAAAAUACAGAGAUUUCUAUAAAAUGUAGCUUCUCCCCCUCCAAAACCUGUGAAAGGCUACUUGUUGUUGUAAUAUAUAGGUAAGAUGAAUUGAUGAAAUCUGUGAUUGCCCGUGUGACCCUUUUAUAAUUUCAUAAGGGUUCGAAAGUAGUUUUCGGGAUCUUAAAUGUCCACUUAAUUUGCUCCCAUGAUGAAUAGUAUUACAUUAUUGCCCAUCCAGCUGUAGUUGUAUUCACAUACAAGGGUCACCCGCCUACUCCUCCUCUUGCAUUUUGCUUAAAUGAAGUACAGCAUUGGUGGAAAGUGGUCAGUGGACCAUUUACAAUGAUGAGUGUUUUAUUUUCAGAUAGAGUCUUAGCCCUAUUUUGAAAAAGUAUGUGCAAUGUUGUUUUCUACUGAAAUUGCCUUAGACCGCACUUUCACUUCUGAAAGUGGCAAUCCUGUAGUAUAAUUUUGAUAGUAUUUUCAGAACGAAAAUAUCAUAUAUUUUCGAUAGGUCAUAUGGAUUGUAGGUGGUAUUCUUAUAAAAUUAUUUGAGCCAUGUAGGCCUAUUGUUUGAUACUAUCUCCUGUCGCAUAAAUUGACGGCAUGAAUGUGGAUUCAUCCUUUGUAUAUUCAAAUGUAGCCUGUCGUUGAAAUGGAUAUAUGAUUGUAAGAAUAUACUAAAUGUUAAUAAAACG